GCUGGCUACAUUGCAUGCACUUUGUUUACCUGGUGCCCUUCAGAAGGAGGACAUGUAUGAUGGAUGGUUCACUUGGAAACAUUGACGACCUCGCAGAGCAGUACGCUGAUUACUACAACACUUGCUUCACAGACGUGUGUGAAAGAAUGGAGGAAUUGCGCAAGCGUCAGGUUUCCCCGGAUCUUGAAAUGGAGAAAUCUGAUGCUGGCUCCACCUCAUUACAGCUGCGCUCCCAAACUGAUGAUUCUUUUGAAUUUAACAGUGCUGUAUCCACGCCAGAGACUGAAAGAAAAUUCUCCCUUCAUAAAUCCAGCUCUGAAGACAGCUCUGUAGGAAAAAUUGACUGGAAGAAGAAAAAUAAAUAUUUCUGGCAAAAUUUCAGAAAAAGCCAAAAAGGAAUUAUGAGACAGACUUCAAAAGGGGAGGAUGUAGGUUACCUGGCUAGUGAGAUCACAAUGAGUGAUGAAGAACGAAUUCAGCUGAUGAUGAUGGUAAAGGAAAAGAUGAUCACCAUUGAGGAAGCACUUGCAAGGCUGAAGGAGUAUGAGUCACAGAAUAAGACACCAGGGCCCCAGGACUCAGCAGAUUGGGCUGAUGGAUCAUAUCCAGCUUGUGAUGGGUCUUCCAAUUGCAAUUCAAGAGAACAGUCUGAUGAAGAAUCUGAGGAGUCAGUGAAGUUCAAGAGGCUGCACAAGCUAGUGAACUCUACUCGAAGAGUCAAGAAGAAGCUGAUCAGAGCAGAAGAAAUGAAGAAACCCAAUACAGAAGGUCUGGAAGAUGCAGUUCACAGCACUCCUAUUGCGGAUGAUAAAUCUGCACUUUAUUCAGGAGUUCAUAAGAAACCGCAAUGUAGAGAUAAUUCGUUGGAGAAAACACCACCAGAAGAUAGCUCAUUUUCCAUCUCCCCAUCAUCUGGAAACCUUGAGACAAUGAGUGUUAACAGAAAACUUGUAAAGUCUUUGAGCAAAACUGAUAGCAGGGGUCUCAUCAAGCCCCCAAAGAAGAUUGGAACAUUUUUUUCUUAUCCAGAAGAUGAAAUGUCGCAAAAAGCCUCUCGCUCCUUAACAGAACGAGAAUUAAAGAAAAGCCUAGGCUCUUUAAGCCAUGGGAGAACCUGCAGCUUUGGUGGAUUUGACCUUGGCAAUCGUUCAUUGCAUGUUGGAAAUAAUGAAGAUUUAUUGGAGAAAGAUGGGCAAGUUAAAUACAAGGAAGUCAUUAAAUCUCCCAGCACACCAAGGAUAUCACUUGGUAAAAAAGUGAAGUCUGUCAAGGAAACAAUGAGGAAGAGGAUGUCCAAGAAAUACACAAGUUCUGUGUCAGAGCAGGACUCAAGCAUAGAUGGCAUGCCUGGCUCUCCUGAAUCUCCCCAUCCCCCCACCAGCACACUUGAUAAGCCAAAACUGAAAGCUGGGGGCUCAGUGGAAAGUCUUCGAAGUUCCUUGAGUGGACAAAGUUCAAUGAGUGGCCAAACUGUCAGCACAACAGACUCAUCUGCCAGCAACAGAGAGAGCGUAAAGUCUGAGGAUGGUGAUGAUGAGGAGCCGCCAUACAGAGGACCUUUCUGUGGCCGAGCUAAGGUCCACACAGACUUCACUCCUAGCCCUUAUGACUCUGAUUCCCUGAAACUCAAGAAAGGGGACAUCAUUGAAAUUAUAAGCAAGCCUCCAAUGGGCACAUGGAUGGGUCUUUUAAACAAUAAGGUUGGCACUUUCAAGUUCAUAUAUGUGGAUGUGAUCAAUGAAGUUGAAGAGAAGCCCAAGCGACCAACCAGGAGAAGACGUAAGGGACGGCCACCAAAGCCAAAGUCUGUUGAAGAGCUUUUGGAUCGCAUCAAUCUUAAGGAGCACAUGCCAACCUUCCUCUUCAAUGGAUAUGAAGAUUUAGAUACUUUCAAACUUCUGGAGGAAGAAGAUUUGGAUGAACUGAACAUCCAGAAUCCAGAACACAAAGCAGUCCUACUUACAGCUAUUGAGCUGUUACAGGAGUAUGACAGCAACAGUGAUCACUCUGGGUCUCAAGAGAAACUGCUAACAGAAGCAGACAAUGCAGGCUCUCCCCGGGAUUCUGGCUGCUAUGAAAGCAAUGAGAAUUUUGAACAUGGCAAAAGCCCAGUGACUUCUCCAGUAUUGCCUAAGCCUUCCGCCACCCAGCUCACUGACUACCCAGGUCUGAAGGUGACCAGAGAAAUCACACAUGGAGACACUAAAAAUGUUGGACAGCUCCAUGAUCGCACUUCCUGUACAAAGUUAGCCAGUCUUACAGGAAUUAAAAAGAACAGAAGAAGUCUACCUGUUGGAGUCUGUGCACAUAUUGAAAAGGAAGGGAGAAAAUCUCUAAUGAUCUGGCCAAGAUCUCACUCAUUGGACAAUCUUCAGCAGGAAGGAAAGGAACUUCAGUGUAUUAAUGAAAACAAAGUUGUUUUUUCAACAGAUAAAACAGAAUCAAGUAGUUUUUUUGAGGAGGAAACUGGAGAUGUACAUGACAAAAUAUCUUGCAAUAUGGACAUUGUGGCACAUGACAAGGCUCCUGAUUGUAUUGAAAUCAGAAGGAUAUCUCGUAUACAAAGCCAUGAUAAAGACUGCACAGUCCAAAACACAAAUGAUUUUUCACAUGUAUCUAUAGACAAGCCAAUGAAAGCUUCUGUAGAGCCUAUGGUACCCACAAAAAACCCUUCACAACCUCCACCAGUUCCUGCCAAAAAAUGCAGAGAGCGGUUUGCUAAUGGCCUGAACCAUCCUCCUCUCAGUCUCUCUAUUUCCAAUACCGAAGAAUCUUGUCUUCCUAUUUUAAAAUCGGGAUUAUCAGGACCAAAUGAAAGCUCUAUACUUCCUGCACAAGGGUGUGUUUCUCCAACCACCUCCAGGCUGUCUUGGUAUCACAAUUCCCCAGAUGCUUCAAAUAUUCCACAACAUGCUGUAAAACUGGGCCCUGUGUCAGCCAGAAAGAUGGCUGUUGCCAGAGGAAUGGAUCAGGAAUUAUUGAUAGAAAACAAGCUGCAGGCUGAGGAGAUUGAUCUUACAGAGGAACCGUACUCAGAUAAGCAUGGUCGUUGUGGCAUCCCAGAAGCCUUAGUGGAACGAUAUGCUGAAGACUUAAGUCAGCCAGAAAAAGAUGUUGCAGACUGGAUGGACCAGAUUCGUGUCAGACUUUUGAGAAAACAGCAUCGGAUGGCUAUACCAAGUGGAGGUCUAACAGAGAUCUGCAGAAAACCCGUAUCUCCUGGACAUAUUUCAUCGGUUUCCGACUGGCUUAUAUCAAUUGGCCUUCCCAUGUAUACACGCCCUCUAUUGGAAGCCGGAUUUACAUCAUUAAAUAAAGUGCCUGCUCUCUCACAGACUCACUUACGAGGCAUUGGAAUAAAAGAAGAGAGACAUAUAAACAAAAUACUAGGGGCGGCAAGACUUAUAAAGACCAUCGCACCAGAAGCAGUUUAAAUUGUGGAUCUGUUGCAUUUGGAGACCUGCUUAUACUAAAUAAAUAUGACUGCCAGUACACAAUGAACAGUAAAGCACGGUUUUCAAAGGGAGUCUUUAGCUUAUAUGGCGUAAUGUUGGCAGAACUUUGGAAUCCCUACAACUGUAUACGAUUGCAAUUCUGACUAUUCUGUGCAUCUAAACGACCUGCAAGACUGUGGAUAAAGAGAAGUGAUUUACAGUAUCUACUGUACACACACUAUUCAUUCUCUUACUUUCAGAUCUGAGGACUUACCUACAGUAGGCCAAAAUAUUACAAGGAAUUGAAAUUAACAUUUAAUAAAACUAAUGCAAUCAUGCUAUUUCAUAGUCAUAAUAAUAACAAUUAAUGUGGCUUAACUGCAGUAACAAUCUUAUUUUGCCUUAAAUUCUUCAUUUGAAACAAAAAUGAAUCGAAACAAAGUCUGUUUAUUCAGUCAUAGUCAUAGUC